AGCACCAACACUUCUUUAUUUAAGUUAAUCGGGAUUAUAAAACCUUUACAAGAUCAAAUUCUACAGGUACUACAUCGGGAAAUUACAGAAAUAUCAAAACUUUCGUGAACAAUAAGAAAUAUGGAUAUCAUAUCGUAUUAUCUAUGGUUUAUCACCUACUGAUGGGGUACACGAGUAUUAUCCUCCUCUUCGGAGUUUCUAGUGCUAUAUUAAUACCACUCCUCUGGCCAGACCCAGAUCCUCCAGUUCUUCCAGACAUGUGGUGGGGCCGGGGGAAAAUGCCGUCUCAUCCUUCAAAAUUUCCGAAAGAUAACACUGCCAUCAGACCGUUCACUAUAAAUGUCAAGAACAAUACCUUACAAGACCUGAACCAUCGCUUGGACAACGCCCGCCUUCCAGAACCUUUGGACAAUGUCCAAUUUCAGUACGGAUUUCAUUCCAAGUACCUGAAAAAAGUAAUCGAUUAUUGGAGAAACGAAUAUGAUUGGAGAAGAGAAGAAAGAAAGUUAAAUCAGUAUCCGCAGUUUCUAACUCAAAUAGAAGGGAUUGAUGUUCAUUAUUUGCACAUUAAACCAACUAUUAAGAACUCUAAGAUUCAUGUGAUCCCCCUUAUGUUAAUCCAUGGAUGGCCUGGUUCCGUUGUCGAGUUCUACAAGAUAAUACCACUUCUUACUACACCGACCGAGAACAGAGACUUCGUGUUCGAAGUAAUUUGUCCCUCAAUACCAGGAUAUGGUUUUUCCGAAGCUCCUCAUCAACCAGGCUUCUCCGUGGCUGAUGCUGGACGUGUGUUUGUCAAGUUGAUGGCUAGGUUGAAUUUCCAUAAGUUUUACUUACAAGGUGGAGAUUGGGGAAGUGCAAUAUCCAUGGUUAUAUCAUCUGUAUACCCAGAGAAUGUACUAGGAGUCCAUUUGAACUUUGUCGCUGUCCAGGGAGGCUUUGCAAGCAAAAUGAAACAUCUGAUUGGUAUUUUGUUUCCUUCUUUGGUGGCUGAUACCCCAGCACAGCAGCGCCACCUCUUUUCACCAUUCAUGGAAAAAGUAUAUUAUCUUUUAAGAGAAACGGGUUAUGCCCACAUCCAAGGUACAAAGCCUGACACUGUAGGUACUGGAGUAAGUGAUUCCCCCGCUGGUCUGGCAGCUUACAUCUUAGAGAAGUUCUCCACAUGGACUAAUAAGGAAUACGUGAACUUAGCUGAUGGAGGGUUGACCAAGAAGUUCACCCUUGAUGAACUGCUGACCAACGUUAUGGUGUACUGGGUAACAAACUCCAUCACUUCUAGCAUGAGGCUUUACAAGGAAACCAUGUCAGAACGUAUCAGAAACUUUAAGUUUGACAGACUUCCAGUGACUGUGCCAACAGGGAUUGCUCAGUUCCCUAACGAAAUUAUUAUGCCACCAAGAAACAUAGCCAAACAUCAGUAUAGAAACAUUAUUCAGUACACGGACAUGCCGAGAGGGGGCCACUUUCCAGCAUUUGAAGAGCCUAAACUCCUAGCAGACGAUAUAGGCAAGUUUGUUGAGAAAGUUCGAACACUGGAGGUAUCUAAAAAUGAAAAAUAGGUGCUUUGAAAUACAUAUAAGUCAGCUUAUAAAAGCUUUUAAACCGACUCAGUCUUGUCUUUAUAAUGAAUUUGUUGUUAUAUUAAGACUCUGUAUGGGACAUCAGUAAUUGAUUAUUCUAUAUUAUUUCUUAUUUUUAUUUAUCAAAGUUUAUAUGUAUCUAGGUUUGUAGGCCUAUCUAUAGCUAUUGAAAACUUUCAUUGAGCGUAUUUCACCAGCUUAAGCGUAAAUUAUUGUCUUGUAUGUUUGCAUGAGUAUAGACAUGAUUAAAAUGGAUCUUUAGUUUUAUCGGUGUGUUUGUUAUUUAAAAAAGAAAGUACUGACAGUUUCUAUCCUAAUAUCUGUGUUUAUCUGCUAUUUAGCAAAAUGUUUUACUCUGUUCGAUUAAUGCUUCUCUUAAGUUCAUAUUCCGAUCGAUACAUUUAUGUAAUACUAACUGUAAAGUAACGCGGAACGAUUUUUUGUAUUCUGAUAAAAUUGUACUAUAUCGACAUAAUGUUGCUCAAACUUGUAAUAUUGUAUGACUAUCUGCGUAACGCUUCAAUACUUUUAGCUGAUAAAAUAAGUAAUGCUG